UUUAUCCCAAAAACAAUAAAAAUACUAACGUAUAUACGAGUAAAAAUACAAUUUGACAAAGAGAAAAGUAAUUAUUUUUGAAAAAAGAAAAAAAAAAAAAAAAAAAAAAAGAAGAAGAUGAAGAAUAAGAAGCAGCUCAAAGCAUUGUAAAACCCUAAGUCCAAACUAUUACCACCAGCGCCGAUUCUGUGUACGCUUCCGAUUUCUCUGCUUCUUGCAUAUCGUUACCGAUUUAUCUGCUUUCGUUGCCUGAUAAUUUCGUAGAAGAGAGAACGAGCACUUGCUAAUCAUGGACGAAGCAGGUAGGAUGAGGAGGCAUGAUGAAACCAUGACACUCAUAAAGAAUUACCUUGAGCAACACGGAAUGUCCAGCACGGUUCAAGCUCUGGAUAUUGAGAGGGGAAAGCUACCCAAUCUUGCAACUUUUACAUCCUUGCUACUUGGUGGUAACUUUGAAGACGCUGUGACUUAUUUUUGCCAAUUUCAGAAUGAAGUUUCUCUAGCCUCCUGCCACAUCUUAUAUUUCAUCUGGCGGCAAUUGUUUUCGGAGCUUCUUUCUAUGAAUAACAGAAUCCAAGCCAAAACAGUUUUGUUCAUCAACAUGUUUCCCAGUUCACGAGUGGAUCUUUCUUUGAUACAUGAUUAUGACAAACUGAAGAUUUCAUACGAGAACAACACAAUACCUACUGUUGAUGUAGAGAGUGAAAGGGCAGAAGUGGUUAAAUAUGUGGAGAACCAAAUCCAACGCGAUGUAGCUCUCAGGUCCAUGUUCUAUCCAACAAUCAUGGAGGGACAAAAUAGACUACAAACCCUCUUAGAACAGAGUGUGAACUGGCAGCAUAGAGAUUGCGUUCAUAGCACCGGAUUUACCUCGUUGCUGAAUGAACACCACUGCCAGCCCCCUCCAGCCAACAACAAUACGGAUCUGAACGCAUCAUCAUCAAGAGGCAGAUUUGAUGACGGGAUGAUACAUGAGUUUGGCCAGCCCACCCAACACUCACCGUCAUUAGAAUUUACUUUUGAUUCUGAUGAUGCAAACAUAAAUGAACUCUUUGAUGGCUUAGUAGUACCUUCUCCUUUCCCUAAGGAAGUGAUGAAUGUGCUUAACCUAAGUCAUGUCACCGGUAUGGAGUUUCAUCCUCAAUUACCUCUAAUCCUUGUUUGCACAACAUCAGGUGAAAUUAAAUUGUUUAAGCUCAAUGCAUCAAAUUACCCUAAUGGAAAGGAGUUUAAGAUCUGGAAAUUCAAAGCAUUAUCACAGGAGUUAAAGGACGAUUUUGUUAAGAAAGAGCGUAAAACUGCAGGAGCUGUAUGUGUGGCUUGGGGAUCUCACGGAAACAACACAAAUUAUGCUGUGGGUUUCUGUGAAGGUUUAGUUCAAACUUACAACUAUACACAUGAUACUCCCACUAAGCAACACCUUGAGAUUGAGGCACAUAGUGGGCCUGUCAAUGAUAUCGUGUUCUAUAGUUCUCAAGGAGAGCUAAAGAUAGUAACCUGUGGAGAUGACAAACACAUUAAGGCUUGGAAUUCAUCAGAUGGGUUAGUGUAUUGGAAAUUGACUCAUACAGCUCCAUUGAAUUCUCUUGCUUUGCACCAAGAUGGAAACAAAGUGCAACUCUUUAUCUCGGAUGUGUUUGGAAGUGCUAUAAAACCAAACAUAGGAUAUAACGGACAACUUGAUGGUAUUCCACUUCUUUUCCCUAGUGAUAUGAAUGCUAGGCUUGAGCUCAAGUUUAGCGGCGAUGGAAAGAGAUUGUUCUAUUGUGGUCCGGGUCGCUUGGUUGAGGUUGAUAGAGUAUCUUUCGAGACUAGGAGAAGCUACAACAGCGUUAUGAAUCCUCAAACAAAACGCAUGGAUAUUUGCAAGAAUGGGUAUAUAGCCGUUGGCGAUGAGCAUUCUGUCAAAGUUUGGCAGCUCGACAAUGGCGAGGACUAUUUCACUAGGAUCUGUAUAAACAAUGAUCGAAACUUUCCAGAGUGUCCCAUGAUUAAGUUUAACAGGGAAGGCACUUUGUUAGCCGUGGUGAGCCUAAGUCACCUGAGGAUUCUAGCAAACAAUGAUGGAAAGAGUCUCCUCGCAGACGUUGAUGGAGGGCUCCCACAUAGUGGAAGGUUCAGUUGUUUUAAGUGAGUGAGACAUUUAAAACAGGGGAAUCAUUUAAUGCAGUGGUCUUUUUUUGGUUUUUUUUUUUUUGUAUGUGGUGGUGAAUUUGCACACUAUCUAUGUGACUAUGUCGUUGCAAGUGGGUUUGGUUUUGGUGGUAAAACGAUUGAAAGAUGAAAGAAAUCACAUUAAGGGAAACA